AUGGCGGAAGCACAGAAAGCGGCGGAGGCGGACGAGGCGAGUGCACGGAUAGAGGAGGCCGCGGCAGAAAAACAAGCAGUUCUACUUGCAUCCGGAUGUCCAUACCGGUAUGUCCGCGUGGGAGAUGAGCAGUUAUGCGAGGAAACAGCCAAGGGAGGACAUCUUGGAGUCCUUCAAUGGGCAAGGAACAACGGAUGCCCCUGGGACAAGGAGACGUGCUCCAAAGCGGCGCAGAACGGACAUCUUGAGGAGACGUGCUCCCAAACGGCAUUCGGCGGACAUCUUGAGGUGCUGCAAUGGGCAAGGAACAACGGAUGCCCCUGGGACGAGGCGACGUGCUCCCAAGCGGCGCGGAACGGACAUCUUGAGGUGCUGCAAUGGGCAAGGAACAACGGAUGCCCGUGGGACAAGGAGACGUGCUCCCAAGCGGCUUUCGGCGGACAUCUUGAGGUGCUGCAAUGGGCAAGGAACAACGGAUGCCCGUGGUCUAGAGAAGAAUGCCUACGCCUGGCUCACGGAAACCACCAUCACGUGUCUGCUUGGAUUUGCACUAACCCAACACCCGACAGCGCGUCGCAGCGACACGUUCCGCAGACGAUAUGGUGUGGAUAA